UUUAAGCUUGCAACAGGUCGACGUGUUGUAUUUCACUGUUUAAAUUUACUCAAUUUGGGUAUAAAAACUAGCCAAAUUGAUGCUUGAAUUAUUUCUCUUGUGUGUUUAAUAUUUCACGAAUAAUCAUUCACUACUAUAUACAUUGGCACUUGAAAAAAGAUGGCAAAUGCAAUGACUGUAUUGGUGAUCCUCCUAGUGACUAUGACCGUAGUUACCUAUGGCCAGAUGGUGCAAUACAGUCGCGGAUGGAGGGGUGGUAAGCGUGCCGAUCUUGGUGCAUUUGGCGGUGUUGGCGGUCUACCGUCGGAAUUCAAGAUGAAUUUUCCAGCUCAAGGAGCCAUUCGGCGAACAAAUGCCCCAGACACUAUUCAUUGUGGUUUGCGCAAACUGAGGAUGCUUCUACGUGGCAACACCAAUGAUCAGUUGUAUCAUCUGCCCUGUGAGCUCUUGAAUAUUCUACCUCGGGAAGUAGAGGGCAAUCAGCAUGUUCAGCAUGAAAAUUCUCAUCACUUGGAUCUCUAUGAUGAUAAUAAUAAUAAUAAUAAUAAUAAUAAUUACGAUGACAACAAUUGAGAGACAAGAGAGCUGAUAAUUUAAUAUACUCAUAGGAGAUUUUAUUUGCAUCAAUUGAAUUGAUUAAUUCCAAGUAAUAAACUGUUAUUCACCUGGAAAAUGAUAAAUGUAUUACUGAAUAUACAGUCGUUUAUUAAUAUAGAAAUAACACAAGUAAUGGGGCGGUGCUGCAAAUAAACUGAAAAAUUGAUGAGAAUAUAAAUUUAGGUAUUGCAAUUACAGUUGAGGAAAUUUGGCCCGACGACAGUAAUUGCCAGGACUGCAGCCGGUUAGAUAUUCUAAGGCU